CUCUCUUCUUCUUCUUCUUCUUCUCCAAAGCUUCAAGCUUUGGAACAAGUCUCCUCUGAGUCCGCGUGAAAUCAAAUCCCAGCUGGUACGAUCGUUCUCCAUGAACAUCUUCUCCAAGAAGCCCAACGCCAAAGAGGCGCUUCGGGAGAGCAAAAGAGAAAUGGCGAAUGCUACUAGAGGGAUAGAGAGGGAAAUUGGAGCAUUGCAAUUCGAGGAGAAGAAGCUCGUUGCUGAGAUAAAGAGAACUGCUAAAACAGGAAAUGACGGAGCAACUAAGAUACUGGCCAGGCAGCUAAUCAGGCUCAGGCAACAGAUAGCUAACUUACAAGGAAGUAGGGCUCAAAUGAGAGGAAUAGCAACUCAUACGCAGGCAAUGCACGCCCAGUCAUCAGUUGCAGUUGGCAUGAAAGGUGCUAGUAAGGCGAUGGAAGCUAUGAAUAAGCAAAUGGCUCCUGCAAAGCAAGCAAAGGUUAUACGCGAAUUUCAGAAGCAGUCUGCACAGAUGGAUAUGACUACUGAAAUGAUGUCCGACACUAUAGAUGACGCCUUAGAUAGUGAUGAGGCAGAAGAGGAAACUGAGGAGCUGACAAACCAGGUGCUGGAUGAAAUUGGUGUUGAUGUUGCCUCACAGUUGUCAGCAGCUCCAAAAGGAAGAAUUGCGGCAAAGAACUCUGAGGGUGUUGGCAGUUCCAGCGUUGACGAGUUGGAGAAAAGAUUGGCAGCUCUCAGGAAUCCUUGAGUUGAAGAUUCGUGGGCGGAAGAUUCUUUUUAUUGUAUUGUUCUUCCCAGAGUUUGAUAUCAAACUUUUGCAAUAUUGUAAAUAUUUUGUUACCAAUGUUCAACAUAGCGCCUCAACAUACAGAGAAGCUAAGCUUUUGUAUACACUCCUCUACUUAAAAGGUGAGAUACAGGAGCUAAUUC